AUGGCGGAUCAAAUAACAGACGAAAAGAGAGGAAAGAAGAGAAAGGCAAACUGGACGCAGGACGAAUGUCUGAUGCUGGUGACUAUGGUAAAUGAGAAGAAGAACAUCCUGAGGUCAAAAUUUAUAGAAUGUGAGGUUAGCCUAUAUGGUGACAAUUGCAGUAAGUCAUGUGGACAUUGUUUACGUCCGGAACAGUGUGACAACAUCAACGGAACGUGCAAAAAUGGAUGCAAGAGUGGUUUUCAAGGAACGUUCUGUAAUGAAACUUGCAUGAUGGGAACUUUUGGCAAACAUUGCAGAGAACUUUGCAACGUGAAUUGUAAAGGAUGUGACACAAUUACAGGGAUAUGUGACUCAGGUUGUUACACAGGCUGGAAAGGAUCACAUUGCAGUGAAGAAUGUGACAGUGGAAGAUUUGGUGCUGCCUGCGGACUGAAAUGUGGGAAUUGUCUGGAUGGUAUUCAGUGUGAUCAUGUCAAUGGGUCUUGUUUCAGUGGUUGUAACGAAGGCUUCAGGGGACCCCUGUGCAAAGAAGUGGAUAAUCAAGUACAGGAAGAGGAAACUGGAAAUAACUGGGAAACCAUGUUUUACGGAGUCCUUGGUGCCUUCUGUGUUAUACUUGUUCUAGUUGGUGUACUAGUUUUUGCUCUUUACACAAUCUGGAAACGACACAGAAACAUCAUUAAGAAAUACCGAGCGAGUGACUCCAGUCCCAAGAAAGAGAAGGUGACAGAAGACCAUGGCAAUGAGAAUGUCAACAGUGAAUACCAAGAAUUGGGAGAACUUAGUCCGUCGUCGCCCUAUGACUCCAUUCAUUAAAAGAAAUUUGCUUUUCAUUUCACAGAGAACCCAUUUUGUUUUCAUUAAUAAGCGUUUUUGGAUUUUCAACAGAACAUCAAAAUUAUUAAAACAAAAACACAAGAAACGGGCACUACAUUUAUUGAAUUUGUUUCUCACAUAAAAGUGAUUCUGUAGAAAUCAGAUGGCAAAACUAUAUUUCCACGAUAAAUAACGUUUUACCAAAAGUUCUUGUAUCUCGAUAUCCUGAAUGAUUUGUAUUACAUACAUAUACAAAUUUAAGAUAGAUUAAUCCUAUAUAUUUAAUCUCAAAGAAAACCUUUUUUUUGUGCAGAAUGCCAUCUACUUAUCACUGAAUAUCUUUCAUAAUCAAAUAGUAUACUUGUGUAGAGAUAAAAGUGAACUAUCCCGAUUUAAAACGAAUAGAUAAUAACUGUUGAUAUUGUGUGCACUAUAUAACGAAUAUAUGAUAAAUCUGGAUAUUGUGUGCAAUAUUGGGGAAUACAAAUAAUGGGGUCAAGGGGUGAUGUGCAUAAAUUAUUCCGGAAAUAUCAAACCAUUGUUCUACCAAUUACAUUUCCCACAAAGGGAAAAUUCUAUAUUUAUUCACUGUAUCUUGGGCUGAACUUGUCACCCAAAGUGAAAAGUCAGUUAUUGUGGGUGUAUUACGAUUGGAAAUACAAGGAAACAGCUGUAAGAGGCAAUUCGUCAAGUGGCGCCUAAACAGAACGUUGUGACAUCAUCGGUUGCCAUGCACAAUAUUUUUUAUGUGUACAGCCCGUGGAUUUUUAUGGCAGAUAGCAGGAGUUGUUAGCUCCAGAUAGAGAACAUUUUACUAGUAAUAAUAUUUGUACCAAAACCCGGUUUUUUCUAUGGAGAAAAAUUCUAAAUUGGUUAGUGUUAAUUUUGAAUGAUAUUAUUGUGAUGUUUAGCAAUGAAUGCAGUGACAGUACAUUAGGUUGAUACUUAUGUAUUUGAUGUAUGUGUAUUCAUCAAUUUCGGUAUAAAUACAUCAUUUAAGCAUACAUAUACAUGCAUUUAUAGUUACACUCUUUAUAAAAAAAAAAACGUUAUUGAUAAAGUUAGGUGUAGGUUUUCUUCAUAGAUGCAAUUGUUUUAUUAUUAUAUAAUCACGGAAGAUAACUCAAUCUACACCAUGUACGUAUUUGUAUCUGGUUGAAAGAGUUACACCUCGUUGCACAUGUGUGUCAGUGCUUAGGUAUUGUUCAGUUAUGUACAUGCAACUACAGUCGAUAGUACAUGUAAUUACAGUCGUUAAUGAAUUCUAUUGAUGCAAUCUAAACAAUUUUAUUGUACAUGUACCGCAUCAUCAAUAACAUUGCUAGUAUGUAUUAUCAUGUCUGAUUGCAGUAACUUGUGUUUACAAUGCUAUUCUUUUACAUUUGUAACGGUAAAUCGUGUUCAAUGUUGUCAUCGUGUUCAUGGACAUCGUCAUUACGAAUAAAAUUAUACGCAUUUAGAAAAAGAAAUGGUCUCAUUUCUGGUCAGUGCAACAUCAUAAAUUCAUUAUUAACAAUGGGUGAAGUGAAACAGCAAUUACAGUCGGACCCUUUUCCGUGGUCAAUUAAAGCAGUUUUACUUUGCAAAAUUAAAAGGUUUAUACAUAAUCGUCACGGAGGAUGCUUUCUAAAAACAUUUUUAUAGUUCCCUUUGUUUUUCUUCACGAAGAAUGUCGAUAUACCCAUUAGUCUUUAAACCCCACAACAAGCAGUUUUCGUCACUAUACUCCUUCAUGAAUAAUAAUUAAAAAAAAGUGAUCAAGUCUUAACACAAAGGACAACGAUAUGAAUAUAUCUCGUGCUUUCCAAGUUUGCAAAUUACGUGCCAUUAUUUAAUUGUGUUAGAAUCUUGAUAUUCUUGUUAAUUGGAAGAUAUGCAUGAUUUUCAUUGAAUACAUAUGCACGUAUGCUACGUAGAUGAUAGAUUUAAUAUUAUCAUCAUUAUUAUUUUCAUCAUUAUUAUUAUUCUUAUUAUAAUUAUUAUUAUUAUUGGAGUCACUCGGCUCAAAGUGGUGUGGAGCUUAACACUUCGUUACAAACAGAUGGAAUGUUCAGCGCUAGCAACAAAUAGUUCGUAAAGCAUUUACGUAUUACACGUUUAAAUUCACAAUUUCUGUAAAAUUCACUUUUCUACCGUCGGUCAAUUGAGUAUGUAAAUAACAAUAAUAAUAAUAAUAAUAAUAAACAUAUCCUUUAUUGAAACAGGAUAGCACAAUUAUUUUAAAAACUAGUUUACAUUGUGGUGCUGAAAAGGUAUGUUGUAUACAUACAUGUACGCUAUUUACAUUUUUAAAACUGAAAAUAAUAAAAAACAAAUCUAUAUGGUUUUAAUUCCCCGUAUGAAAAACAUCUAAGAUAAGCGGAUUUAAAACUCUCCAAUGUUGGGUAAUAUUUUAAAAAUCCUGGCAUAUUAUUCCAUAACUGUGACCCGUAUAGAGAUAUACAUUUGUGCGUAAGUUUAUGACUUUUGAGUGUACUUCUCUAUUUCUUUUUUUUAUUUUGGGGCAAUUCUUAAUUUGCAUAAAAUCAACUGCCAUCAGUAUUUUAAGUACUUUGAUUAUUAUAUUAUUAUAAUUGUUAUGAUAAUGAUAAUCACGCGCAAUUGAUGAUUUAGAAUAUCUUUACGGAAGAAUGAAUUUUACUACAUCACAACAAACUGCGAUUUUCUAUUUGUUAUCAAAAUGGUAUUUCUUUUAGGUUACCUCAAUCACUCUGGUGAUAUAUUACCGUUGGUCUUCGUCCGUCGCAAUGUAUUAUACAGUGCAUCAUCCGUACACAAGUUUACAUUAUUAACUUCUUCAUGAGAACUACAAUGCCAAUUUUAUCAUUUUCGGUGCGAGAAGUAUAUAGAAGAGCCCUUGAUAAAACUUGUGAAAUUCAUGACCCCUGGGUAAAGGGUUCAGGACCUAGGGCAGGGUAAAUAUGACCAUUUCGUGAACAUGUAUGAAAUUUUAGAAGAUAUUCUCUACUCUCAUAUAUAUUGGGGAAAAAAACUAAAUCAAUGAUCAGGGUGUCCAUGAAGCUCAGUACUGAAAUGGUUCCCGUAUUGGGGAUUGAGGCCCUAGGGCUUGACCAAUAUGGCCAUCUAGUGAACAUAUAUUAAAUGUUAGAAAAUAUAUAUGUCUAUUUCUGUAUAUAUUUGAGAAAAACUAAAUGCAUGAUCAAAAUGUCCAUCAAGCUCUCUACAAAAUAAUGUGAAACCCGUGAUUCAGGGGUUGAAUGUGAAACUCGUGAGUCAGGGGUUGGGGCCCUUGGAUGAAGACCAAGAUGAUCACAUAAUGAUAAUGUAAUCUAUCUUUAAAAGAUUUUCUCUAUUCCAAAAUACAUUUGAGAAAAAAAUAAAUAAAUGCAUGAUUAUAGUGUCCAUAUAACUCUAACUGAAUUGUGAAAUUCCUGGGUCAGGGGUUCAGACCCUAACGCAAGGCCAAGGUGGCCAUAUAGUGCAAACGAAUCGAAUCUCAAAAUAUAUUCUUCUCUAGUCCCAUAUGUAAAUGUACUUGAGAAUAACUAAAUGCAUGGCUAUGAUGUCUAUAAAGCUUUCUACGGAUAUUGGAAAAGUCAUGGUUCUUGAGUAAGAAGUUCAGAGCCUUGGGCAGGACCUAUAUGACAACAUAAUAAAUGUAUACAAAU